UACAGAUGAAAUCAUGUCGAUAGCAUCGGCCGCUAGCGAUCGCAGUGUCUACGGCGAUGAUGAUGAUGAUGACCGCUCCACCAUGUCCAGCGCUUCUAACGAGCGCUAUCAAUUUGUAGAGCCGUUGGAGGUUGCUGGCUACGAUAACCAUAUUGCAUCGGACAACGCACGAUCUCCGCAGGAGCACGACGACGCUGAAGAACCGAUGCUAUGGGUUCGUAGGAACGGCGUGUAUGAGGUAGCGGAUACCGACGAAGCGGCCGAUGCAUUGGCGGGGCGCGAUGGGGCCCCGAGCGCAGCGGCUACCCUCGAGGAAGGUAACGUAGAAAGAGAUAUUCUUUAA